CCUCGCUGCCCGUUGCGGCCGUUGCCGGGCAACCGAACAUGGCGGGGCAGUACGACGACGCCUUCAGCCCCCCCCGCCUGCAGUGCUGGACAGUGCCCCGCCCCCCCCCAAAGCUGCCCACCCCUCGCCCCCCGACCCCGUUCAUCGCCGACGCCCGCGGCCACCUCCUGCCGGGCGUGUCCCGCUCCCAGGUGUCGCCGUGGGGGACGUUCCUGGGGACGUGGGACAUGCCAGCCCGAAUCCCCCCGGCCCGCUGGGACCGGAGCGCCCGUUCGGCCGCGGCCACCGCCCGCCUGCAGCGGGAGCGGCACCGGGAGGGGCACCGGGAGCUGCGGAGAGCCUGCAACGGCAUCCGGACACGGGUCACCGGCAAGCCGCAGGAACCCUGGGACACGGAACCUUCUGGAAAGGAGCUGGGGGGUCCCAGCGGGGGCUCCCCCCACAGCCCUGAGGCCCCAGAGCUUGGGGACAUCCCUGAGGGGGGACCCUGUCCCCAAAAUCUCUCUGAGUGGGGACCCUGUCCCCUAAAUACCCCCGAGUGGGGGCCCUGUCCCCUAAAUCCCCCUGGGGGGGGACACUGUCCCCUAAAUCCCCCCAAAAUCCCCCUGGGGGGGGACACUGUCCCCUAAAUCCCCCUGGGGGGGGACACUGUCCCCUAAAUCCCCCCAAAAUCCGCCUCA